AUGCUUUGUGAGGGUCUGUGGUGUGCCUCGGGUAAGGUCAUUAUGAUGCUAAUAAGUCUGCGGCAUUCACUGUGUUUUUCUCUCCAACGGUAUGCAACUCAACACAAAGGCCCUUAAACCACACAGAGCCUCUCCAUACAUCACCCCACUAGGCACAGAUGUCAAUUCAACGUCUAUUCCACAUUGGUUCUAUGUAAUUUCAUUGAAAUUACGUGGAAGCAACGUUGAUUCAACCAGUGUGUGCCCAGUGGGACGUCAUAUGUGUUGUGACUGCUGUGUGCAUUCUGAUCACACUAACCCUCUGGUUAAUUCUCAGUGAAGGAGAUAGGAGCUUAUCACAGGACAUCAGAUUAGUAGUGGCCACAUGUAUGCUACAUCAUGAAACAUGAUGAAAUCCCCUGGUACACAUCUAGGUUGACCUUUACUUAUAUAAUGAUAAUAUUACCCAGAAAACUUCUGGUUCAUCUGAAGUUUGAUGUAGAUGUAGAGUCUGCCUGUCCCAAUGGGGCAAGGCUGGCUGGCUCGCCCCAUAAAGGCUAGCUAUUGGAUUUGAUUUGCAUUAGCGUCUCAGUAACAUAAUCGAUAGCCCCAUCAAACAGGUGAGCGGUGAGGCUAAUCCAGUCUGUGAUUCAGAUAACUCUACAAACCCAUCACUAUUGAAUGUUGAGUGCUGCUAUUUUUAUAAAACACAGUGAACACACCAGGACCAAGGGUAUUCUCUCUGAAGGGUCUAAUGUUGAACAUGGGGCUUCUAGUCAACAGCAAAACAUAUUUAUAGACACCAGUCAUUGAAAACUCUGGUGUUCAGUGUUUGUAACAUCCAUACAGUAUAUGGGCUCUGUUUUUUAUACCAGCUCAUUACUUAGAUAAAAAAAACUCAUAGUGGAAACUACCAUUUUAGAGAAAUAUGGACGAUAGACUAAGUUAGUAAACUGUAUACGGUUGAUUGACUCUUUUCUUUCUUUCCAUUCCAGCCAUUAAGGUGAACUGCCUGGGAUCAUGUGGGGUCUCCAACAAAAUGAACGACAUGUCAUGGACACUGGAAGAGCAAUACUUCAGUAGCACACUGUCUAUAGCUGACAAAGGUGAGGACUAUGGAAGCCAUUUUGGGGCUACUGAUACAACAUGUAUUGAGUAUAAGGUAUAGAAUGAGAAUCUAAAUAGAGGCUCUUGAGUGGCCGUGUUGCAGCCCUCUUCAUCUCUGUUGAAUUAUAAAAUGUAUGAUCAUGUAGCUUUCUACCUCGAUUAGAUUUUUGUCCUCAAGAGCGGUUUUGCACUUUUUAUAUUGGUGAUCAUUCUGAGGGAUAAUUAAAAUGUUCCACAGCCCUUGCGACAAAACUAGUGAAACUGCCAUCAGCUGAAGUAAUAGUUUCCUGCACUAAAUGUUCUGUCUGCCCUCUCUGAUGAGAGACAUGGCUGUGCCUAACAAUUACUGUACUAUUCUUAGAUCAAAGAACAAACAUUUCAGAUAGAUGAAAACAGAGCUGAAAUCCAAGCACUGACUGUGCAUUUUGCUUACAAAUAGGCAGAGGCAGGCACAAAACAUAACACUAGCAUUUAAAGUAAUUGUAGACUUUUUAACAUGCAUGCAUACAGACAUGUUGCAGGUCCUUUUUAAAGUGGCAUCUUAUUUGUUUUCAUUUAAUUGGAUAUGAGGAGAUUUGUACAAAUCUCUUUGUAGAAUGCCAAUGUGUGUGCAGAUAACAUACCCAACAUCCAUCACGUGAACAGCCCAAGAGAUUAGAAUCAUCACUGGAUGUGUUUGAGUUAUUAAUUACAGCUCUUAAGUCUCACAACACAUCUGACCCACACACAUACACACACACUCCAAAACUGGGGAGUCAUAAAUCAUUUAUUUCACAUCCUCUCAUCUCAGUGGGUUUUUUUCAUAUCCCAUUUUUCCUCCAACAAUGGGCUCUGCCAGCCACACAUGUAUGGGAGUUAUGGGGAUGAGGCAACAUAAGACAUCUAUUAGGGUUAAUGCCCCUCCCCAUGCUAUGCUACUUUUGUUCAUGUUCAGUGACCCUAAGAGAUAUUCUACAGAUGGUAGAGUGGUGUGUGUGUGUGGCUGUAGUAAGCUGUCAGUGUCAUCUUUAGCCCAUCCAAACUGUGAAGAGGUGGUUGCAUCUCAUAUUUCUCACAGUAGUCAGUCAGUGCCUAUUUCCUGUACAAGACUCUAAAAAGCCACAGACAGAUCUCUAUUGCUGGGUUUUUUUUUUUUUUUACUUACUUGGGGUGAAAAGAGAAACUUUUGAAUAUAGCUUCAAAAAGAAUAUGCCGCUGCUUUAUACUGUUGCAUAGCUCGAAAGCUGUAGGCCUGCUCGACAAUCUUGAAAUACAGGAGACGACUCUGUCUCUCAGCUGGUAGAUCCGAUUUGAAAUACAGCCCCAACAUCCCUUUUGAGGUUUCUCUGUACCGUACCUUCUCUCAGCAGCAUGUGAAGUGCUGAGAGAGAGAAGGUGGAAGAAUUUGGCUACUACAUGAGGCACCCGCAGAGUUGUGUUCAAAGCCUGACACCGUUGCUGGUCGUUGCAAAGAGAUGCUUCCUCUAGCAGUAAUAAAGUGAUGCAAAAGAACACACGUGGAAAAGUCUGAGCGCUUCCCCUUUAGGAAACGGAGACGAACAGAAUAUGCAUUGACGCAUUGAUGCAGUGAACGAACGCUGCUAUCUGGAAAAAUGGAAUUGCACUGUCAGCUUACAGGGGAAAUGAAUGACCUGAGAGGCUUUAAUGUUCUCAGUUUGAAUAAGAUGGAAAGAGCCUUGUAGGCCGUUUAUGUACUUGUUUGUUUUUGUUUGAUAUAGUUAGACAGGUGAAUAAUGGAUAUAAUUAAAUACUUAGUGCAGCUGUAGCAUGGUUGAUUUUCUGUGGUGUGACUUACUGCCUCCACAGUAUCACAAGUGAUAGAUCAUAAAAAAAAAGUUAUUAACACUAUUAUUCACAUGUUAUCAGACACUCAGAGUGACGUCAGACAGUGCCUGUGUAUCUACCUGUUGUAUAAUUCCCUUCCAGUAUUAGUACCCAUAGAUCAGAUGAAAUGUGCGAGGGAAAUCGACCCUUUGAUGUUAGUCUGUAAAUUCAGCACUCAAUCUUGGGUUGAUUUAGAGCUAGCCUUGCUUGUACUAUAGGUCAUUGAUUAACUUUGCAGGGAAAUGUCCACAAAAUAUAUAUAUACAGUGCCAGUCAAAAGUUUGGACACACCUACUCAUUCAAGGGUUUUUCUUUAUUUUAACUAUUUUCAACAUUGUAUAAUAAUAGUGAAAACAUCAAAGCUAUGAAAUAACACAUAUGGAAUCAUGUAGUAACCAAAAAAGUGUUAAACAAAUCCAAAUAUAUUUUAUAUUUGAGAUUCUUCAAAGCAGCCACCCUUUGCCUUGAUGACAGCUUUGCACACUCUUGGCAUUCUCUCAACCAGCAACAGUCUUGAAGGAGUUCCCACAUAUGCUGAGCACUUGUUGGCUGCUUUUCCUUCACUCUGCGGUCCAACUCAUCCCAAACCAUCUCAAUUGGGUUAAGGUCGGGGGAUUGUGGAGGCCAGGUCAUCUGAUGCAGCACUCCAUCACUCUCCUUCUUGGUCAAAUAGCCCUUACACAGCCUGGAGGUGUGUUGGGUCAUUGUCCUGUUGAAAAACAUAUGAUAGUUAACUCUGGGUCUUACCUUCCUGUGGCGGUCCUCAUGAGAGCCAGUUUCAUCAUAGCGCUUGAUGGUUUUUACAACUGCACUUGAAGAAACUUUCAAAGUUCUUGAAAUUGACUGACAUCAUGUCUUAAAGUAAUGAUGGACUGUUUUUUCUCUUUGCUUAUUUGAGCUAUUCUUGCCAUAAUAUGGACUUGGUAUUUUACCAAAUAGGGCUAUCUUCUGUAUACCAACCCUACCUUGUCACAACACAACUGAUUGGCUCAAACGCAUUAAGAAGGAAAGAAACUCUUCAAAUUAACUUUUAACAAGGCACAUCUGUUAAUUGAAAUGCAUUCCAGGUGACUACCUCAUGAAGCUGGUUGAGAGCAUGCCAAGAGUGUGCAAAGCUGUCAUCAAGGCAAAGGGUGGCUACUUUGAAGAUUCUCAAAUAUAAAAUAUAUUUGGAUUUGUUUAACACUUUAUUGGUUACCACAUGAUUCCAUAUGUGUUAUUUCAUAGCUUUGAUGUCUUCACUAUUAUUCUACAAUGUAGAAAAUAGUAAAAAAUAAAGAAAAACCCUUGAAUGAAUAGGUGUGUCCAAACUUUUGACUGGUACUGUAUAUUUCUUAUAUAUUUUCCCCUAACCCAUUCCUUUUUUGUUAUGUUUACCUGCCUACAAGACACACUGUAGUGUGCGUAGAUUAGUUUUAUGUCAGUUUUGCCUGUUAAACUAUCUGCUUAGCUACGUUAUUACGAUUCACAUAUAGCAAGCUGAUAGUUAUGAAGUAAAACGUUUUCUUUGUGUAUAUCUUGUUUCAUCUCUAUUGUUGGCUUUGUCCUGGCUGGAAGAAGGUUCAGUGAAUGGAAGCAGCGUAAGGUAAUACAGUAGGGGGAGUGUGAGUGCUUUUCAAAUAUAAUGGUUUAUGCGUUCUCCACACUCUUGUCCUCACAAGAACGUACUCAAGAGAACAUCCUCGGAGAAUGCACUUGGAGCAUGAGAGUGUGACGCGCAGGGGUAUGCAUUUUAAGAAACAGCCGAUGUCUCUUGGUCUAUAGUUGAACAAUGCUGUCCGUUUGUCACAGAAACUGAAUCUACUAAAGGCGUAGGGCUUCACCUAGGGGUCUGCAUGGUUACCCACUGGGCUGUUCACACAUAUUGUACAGUUAGGGAAAAAAGUAUUUGAUCCCCUGCUGAUUUUGUACGUUUGCCCACUGACAAAUAAAUUAUCAGUCUAUAAUUUUAAUGGUAGGUUUAUUUGAACAGCGAGAGACAGAAUAACAACAAAAAAAAUCAAGAAAAAAGCAUGUAAAAAAUGUUAUAAAUUGAUUUGCAUUUUAAUAAGGGAAAAAAUUAUUUGACCCCUCUGCAAAACAUGACUUAGUACUUGGAGGCAAAACCCUUGUUGGCAAUCACAGAGGUCAGACGUUUCUUGUAGUUGGCCACCAGGUUUGCACGCAUCUCAGGAGGGAUUUUGUCCCACUCCUCUUUGCAGAUCUUCUCCAAGUCAUUAAGGUUUCGAGGCUGACGUUUGGCAACUCGAACCUUCAGCUCCCUCCACAGAUUUUCUAUGGGAUUAAGGUCUGGAGACUGGCUAGGCCACUCCAGGACCUUAAUGUGCUUCUUCUUGAGCCACUCCUUUGUUGCCUUGGCCGUGUGUUUUGGGUCAUUGUCAUGCUGGAAUACCCAUCCACAACCCAUUUUCAAUGCCCUGGCUGAGGGAAGGAGGUUCUCACCCAAGAUUUGACGGUACAUGGCCCCGUCCAUCGUCCCUUUGAUUCGAUGAAGUUGUCCUGUCCCUUUAGCAGAAAAACACCCCCAAAGCAUAAUGUUUCCACCUCCAUGUUUGACGUGGGGAUGGUGUUCUUGGGGUCAUAGGCAGCAUUCCCCCCUCCUCCAAACACGGCGAGUUGAGUUGAUGCCAAAGAGCUCGAUUUUGGUCUUAUCUGACCACAACACUUUCACCCAGUUCUCCUCUGAAUCAUUCAGAUGUUCAUUGGCAAACUUCAGACGGGCCUGUAUAUGUGCUUUCUUGAGCAGGGGGACCUUGCGGGCGCUGCAGGAUUUCAGUCCUUCACUGCGUAGUGUGUUACCAAUUGUUUUCUUGGUGACUAUGGUCCCAGCUGCCUUGAGAUCAUUGACAAGAUCCUCCCGUGUAGUUCUGGGCUGAUUCCUCACCAUUCUCAUGAUCAUUGCAACUCCACGAGGUGAGAUCUUGCAUGGAGCCUCAGGCCGAGGGAGAUUGACAGUUCUUUUGUGUUUCUUCCAUUUGCGAAUAAUCGCACCAACUGUUCUAACCAAGCUGCUUGGCGAUGGUCUUGUAGCCCAUUCCAGCCUUGUGUAGGUCUACAAUCUUGUCCCUGACAUCCUUGGAGAGCUCUUUGGUAUUGGCCAUGGUGGAGAGUUUGGAAUCUGAUUGAUUGAUUGCUUCUGUGGACAGGUGUCUUUUAUACAGGUAACAAGCUGAGAUUAGGAGCACUCCCUUUAAGAGUGUGCUCCUAAUCUCAGCUCGUUACCUGUAUAAAAGACACCUGGGAGCCAGAAAUCUUUCUGAUUGAGAGGGGUUCAAAUACUUAUUUCCCUCAUUAAAAUGCAAAUCAAUUUAUAACAUUUUUGACAUGAGUUUUUUUGUUAUUUUUUUUGUUAUUCUGUCUCUCACUGUUCAAAUAAACCUACCAUUAAAAUGAUAGACUGAUAAUUUUUUUGUCAGUGGGCAAACGUCCAAAAUCAGCAGGGGAUCAAAUACUUUUUUCCCUCACUGUACAUACACACCUUGGUGCUGAAAUGUCACAGUGGGCUGACCUAGAAAAGCAGAGUUAAAAACAAAAUCGCUUAUUGUAAAAUUUUCGACACCAUUGUGAGAGCUGUUGAAAACUUACACUGGCCACCAGUCAGUCUGUCUUGCUCUCUGUGUCUGUGUCUGUGUCUGUCUGUCUGACCAAGCGAUCUCUCUCUUACAGGUGUCCUGGCAGCUGGCGAGCACAGCUUCCCUUUUCAAUUUCUCAUUCCAGGUAUGUUUGGAAUUAGUCUGGAAAACCUAUUAAACUGCAUUCCACCAUGUCAACCACACUGAGGUCCCCAAUUUUUUUUUACAUUUUUACAGUAUAGCAGAAAUGUUGUUAGUGACGUUGAAGGAAACUGGUAUAACCAUUGAUAACCACUGAUAACGUGACGUUUCUGAACAGGCACAGUGUUUGUUGUCUUUGUAGUAUUGCCUAAUGCCCUUGGCUCUUUGUCUAACAAUGAAACAAUUGGACAGGAUAUAAUAUAUUAUUGUGAAUGAAGUAAGAACAUUCAGUAGAGUUUGUUCAGGUAAAUAAAGAGAUGCCUUUUCAUAUCACAGGUAGGGCACACUAUUGACUCUGUCUCUGCCCUUGUGCUUUAUGCACUUCACCUUAAAGGGGGGAUGAACUUCCUGAUUUAGCCUAGGUUUCAAUUCUCCUCAUUAGGAAAUGCGACUGAGAAUGAGAUUUGGGUUUUGGAGGCGUACUUUGAUGUGGGUGUCUCUUGUGUGUACGGUCGAACGGGGGAAGUGUUUGUACUUUCACUCUGCCAAAACAGUACACAGUUACAGUCACUCACCCUUCUAGAUAACUUGAAACAGUCUAACCAGGUCUUGUGUCUGGAAGUAGCCUAGACUAGCUAGCAAGCUAGCCAACUUCUUUACCCAAUUAGCUUCAGCCAGCCAGUGUGCGACUGUGGCAAAGUUGGUUUGACUUUGGAUACUCUAUCUGUCACGCCCUGACUCAGAGGACGCUUAUAUGUUGAGUCAGGGUGUGUAUAUUCCUUGUUGUGAUUUUCUAUGUUGUAUUUUCUAUGUUUAGAUCUAGUAUAUCUAGAUCUAUGUUGGCCGGUGUGGUUCCCAAUCAGAGGCAGCUGUCGCUCGUUGUCUCUGAUUGGGAACAAUACUUAGGCAGCCUAUUGGCACUAGUGGGUUGUGGGAUCUUGUUCUGUAUAAGGUUUGUUGUGUUACCUUUGGACUUCACGUGUCGUUAGUUUAUUGUUUUGUCGUGUGUUUAUUCGUGUAAUAAACAUGUAUGCAUAUCACGCUGCGCCUUGGUCUGACCCAUCCUUCUACGAGCGUGACAGAAGAUCCCACCAGACCUGGACCAAGCAGUGUGCUGAGGAGGAGCAGAGAGGAUGGACUUGGCAGGAGAUGAGAGAGGAUCUGGCAAGAAAGAUGGAGGCCCUGAUCAGGGUGGAGAGGCAAUCCCAAGAUUUUUUUUGGGGGGGGGCACACGGUGUGGACGACGAGGCAGCAGGAGGCCGUGACAGGGCGGAUCGGCUGGUUAGGAGAGGAGGCCACCAGAUUACGGGGGCUAUUGGUUCAGAGGGAGCAGAAGGAAGGUGUAGAGGCACGGCGAGAGGAGCUGGUUAGGUAGCAGAAGGAGCGGGGGUUAAUAAAGGAACCCAGUCCCGCUCCUUGCACCAAGCAAGUGGUGCGUGUCGCCAGUCCGGUCCGGCCCGUUUCUGCUCCCCGCACUAAGCCAGUGGUGCGUGUUCCCAGUACGGCCCGGCCUGUUCCUGCUCCACGCACCAAGCCAGUGGUGCGCGUCGCCAGCCCGGUCCGGCCUGUUCCUGCUCCUCGCACCAAGCCAGUGGUGCGUGUGUCCAGUCCGGCACGGCCCGUGCCUGUUCCACCGGUGCCUGGUCCGGCACCGGUCAGCUGCUCCACUCCGGAGCCAGAGCAGUCCGCUCCACCGGUGCCCAGUUCAGCUCCGGUCAGCUGCUCCACUCCGGAGCCAGAGCAAUCUGCUUCACCGGGGUCCAGUCCAGCUCCGGUCAGCGGCUCCACUCCGGAGCCAGAGCAGUCCGCUCCACCGGUGCCUGAUCCAGCUCCGGUCAGCUGCUCCACUCCGGAGCCAGAGCAGUCCGCUCCACCGGGCUCCAGUCCGGAGCCUGAGCAGUCUGCUCCACCGGUGCCCGGUCCAGCUCCGGUCAGCGGCUCCAGUCCAGACCCAGACGUCAGCCCCUCUCCAGUUUCGGGGUCUCCCACACCAGGGUCCAGACAUGGCUUGGAGUAUAGUGGGAGGAAGGAGAGGGGAAGCAACGCACCGAGGUCUAGACCAGACCAGGGGCGCAACAGGGAGGCGACGAGUGAGAGGUCGUCACGCCCUGAGCCGGAUCCGCCUCCGAGGCGGAAUGCCCACCCGGCCCCUACCCUGUUAUGUUUAUGUUGUGCGGUCGGAGUCUGCACCUUUGGGGGGGGGGGGGGGUACUGUCACGCCCUGACUCAGGGGACGCUUAUAUGUUGAGUCAGGGUGUGUAUAUUCCUUGUUGUGUUUGUUUUAUGUUGUAGGAUCUAGUAUUCUAGAUCUAUGUUGGACGGUGUGGUUCCCAAUCAGAGGCAGCUAUCGCUCGUUGUCUCUGAUUGGGGUCCAUACUUAGGCAGCCUAUUGGCACUAGUGGGUUGUGGGAUCUUGUUCUGUAUAAGGUAUGUUGUUUGUGUACCUUGGACUUCACGUGUCGUUAGUUUGUUGUUUUUGUCGUUGUUUAUUCGGUUCAAAUAAACAUGUAUGCAUAUCACGCUGCGCCUUGGUCUGACCCGUCUAUGAACGAACGUGACACUAUCUCUGGGUAUAGUUAGAGACCAUCAAUGAAUUACACAAUGUAAAUGGGACAAUAUUUUCAUUUAGCCCACUUUUUAGUUGUCUCAUUAAAUGCUUUCAAUAUUUGUAUAUGAAUUUCUACAAUAUAUAGUUGGUUUGAGGUUUUUAAGUCAUUGAAAUUUUCUCCCAUGUGCAUUGUGUAAUUUACUGAUGGUCCUUAACUAGCCCCCAUAGGGAUAUCGAAUGUCAAAUCAAAUUGGCCAUGGGUAUUACGAUCGGUGCACUCCGAAUUGAUGAUUACUUGGGUGCUGCCAGCUGUGGGCAUGUGGGCAGGAUUGAAAUAAACCCAACCCAAGGAAGACUUUUACGGUACCCUUCAUUCCGUGACAUAUUUUUUUCUUCAUAAUUAUCUCGCAAAUCACCCUUUUGGACGAGACUGACUUUAUGACCAGAAUUAUCCUAUUUACACUUUGUAGUAACUUUUGACUCAUAUUGACGCCACGUAGGCCGUUUUCAAAAGGAGAAGUUGCUUAUUACGUUCAGUUUCCCUUUAAUCCUAAGUGCUUUAGUCAGCCAAUACCCCUUGUGUCAGCCAAUACAGUUGAAGUCGGAAGUUUACAUACACUUAGGUUGAAGUCAUUAAAACUCGUUUUUUAACCACUCCACAAAUUUCUUGUUAACAAACUAUAGUUUUGGCAAGUUGGUUAGGACAUCUACUUUGUGCAUGACACAAGUAAUUUUUCCAACAAUAGUUUACAAACAGAUUAUUUCACUUAUAAUUCACUGUAUCACAAUUCCAGCUUUCAACUAAGUUGAAAGUGCCUUUAAAUAGCUUGGAAAAUUCCAGAAAAUGAUGGCAUGGCUUUAGAAGCUUCUGAUAGGCUAAUUGACAUAAUUUGAGUCAAUUGGAGGUGUACCUGUGGAUGUAUUUCAAGGACGACCUUCAAACUCAGUGCCUCUUUGCUUGACAUCAUGGGAAAAUCAAAAGAAAUCAGCCAACCUCCACAAGUCUUGGUUCAUCCUUGGGAGCAAUUUCCAAACGCCUGAAGGUACCACGUUCAUCUGUACAAACAAUAGUAUGCAAGUAUAAACACCAUAGGACCACGCAGCCGUCAUACCGCUCAGGAAGGAGACGCGUUCUGUCUCCUAGAGAUGAACGUACUUUGGUGCGAAAAGUGCAAAUCAAUCCCAGAACAACAGCAAAGGACCUUGUGAAGAUGCUGGAGGAAACAGGUACAAAAAUAUCUAUAUCCACAGUAAAACGAGUCCUAUAUCGACAUAACGUGAAAGGCCGCUCAGCAAGGAAGAAGCCACUGCUCCAAAACCGCCAUAAAAAUGCCAGACUACGGUUUGCAACUGCACUUGGGGACAAAGAUCGUACUUUUUGGAGAAAUGUCCUCUGGUCUGAUGAAACAAAAAUAGAAAUGUUUGGCCAUAAUGACCAUCGUUAUGUUUGGAGGAAAAAGGGGGAUGCUUGCAAGCAGAAGAACACCAUCCCAACCGUGAAGCACGUGGGUGGCACCAUCAUGCUGUGGGAGUGCUUUGCUGCAGGAGGGACUGGUGCACUUCACAAAAUAGAUGGCAUCAUGAGGAAGGAAAAUUAUGUGGAUAUAUCUCAAGACAUCAGUCAGGAAGUUAAAGCUUGGUCGCAAAUGGGUCUUCCAAAUGGACAAUGACCCGAAGCAUACUUCCAAAGUUAUGGCAAAAUGGCUUAAGGACAACAAAGUAAAGGUAUUGGAGUGGCCAUCACAAAGCCCUGACCUUAAUCCUAUAGAAAACUUGUGGGCAGAACUGAAAAGGCGUGUGCGAGCAAGGAGGCCUACAAACCUGACUCAGUUACACCAGCUCUGUCAGGAGGAAUGGGCCAAAAUUUACCCAACUUAUUGUGGGAAGCUUGUGGAAGGCCCAAGUUUGACCCAAGUUAAACAAUUUAAAGGCAAUGCUACCAAAUACUAAUUAAGUGUAUGUAAACUUCUGACCCACUGGGAAUGUGAUGAAAUAACUAAAAGCUGAAAUAAAUCAUUCUCUCUACUAUUAUUCUGACAUUUCACAUUCUUAAAAUAAAGUGGUGAUCUUAACUGACCUAAAACAGGGAAGUUUUACUGGGAUUAAAUGUCAGGAAUUGUUUAAAUGUAUUUGGCUAAGGUGUAUGUAAACUUCUGACUUCAACUGUAUCUCCUGUCUAAGUGGGUGAUAUAUGUCAACGUUGGCCAUGUAAGUCACCGCUGGCCAAGGACUAACACAAAGGCAGAGCAAACAAGUGCCAGUAUCCUAGAGAGCCAUAUCGUGUCCCCACAGACACGCCCUUGUGUCAUAACACAUGACAUUUAGAAUGCUAUUCCUUGUUCUCCGGAAUUCUUUUGACUGUACUGUGAACUUGAGUACAUGCAGGUGUGAGGGCACAGACAGUGCAGUGUCUGUCCAUUAGGCUACACUCUGUCUGGGCUCGGUGGGGUGAGGAGGGAUGUCUAUAUAUAGUCCUUUAGUCCUGUCAGUGUUUAAUUGCUCCUUGUGGGCCCCCUGCCAUCCCCCCGCCAUCCCCCCGCUGUUCCUCCCGCCCUCGUCGUCUACAGAACAGGCAGAAGACAUGAUAAUUACAGAGCUGAUGAUGGGAUCAUCCAGGCAGACUCACUGAGCCCCGUGACCCAGUGACAGUGCCCCCUGCUGGUUGUUGGGGUCAGGGGCUGACAGGGGAUGCUUUAACAUCUAGGCUCUAGAGCUCCUGCAAAUAGGAUGCUACAUUAAAACUGCUGUUCAUGCUGUGAGGAUUGGUGGAUGUACUUAAACACUGACAAGUGAAGACUUAAAAACAAGAGCCCUUGGUUCUGUGGAGGAGGCUGGAGAAGAGGAAGUGGUAGAAUAGCUUUUUGUCAGGCCCAUAGACUCAGUCAGACAAGUGCCCCUGGUGCUGGGUUCCCUCUGGCCAUGAGCCUGUAUGUGUCUGUUCUGCCAAGCCUUUUAUAUCCAGCCUGCUGCUCCUCACUAAUCCUUAUUGACAGCAGGAAAUGACCCUGUGCAGCACCCACUACUGACAUUCUCAUUUAAAUGAGGAGGAGUGCAGAAUUGGAAUGGAUAAUAUUGAGAAGUCCAGAGACCUGUUUGUUCUGUAUACACCAUAUUGAAUCAUCUAUUUAUUCCAAUGAUUCAUAGGAAUAUCUAAUAAUGUGUUUAGUUAAAAGGCCAAAGGGUAAAUCAUAGCAUGACAUUGGACACAAUACAUUCCAAUUAGAAUAUGUCAGCACCUGUCGUGCUUUAAGACAUGAGCUGAAAACAGAAGAUGGACAUUUAUAUUACCCAGUAUGAACUUUGUAAAUGUAUUCGGAUUGAGGAUAUAGACGUUUUUCUCCAAAAAUCUGAUACAUCCUGUCUCAUAUCUAUCUCUGUUUGUCCUGAACUUCAUCCUGUAAUUCUCCAUUCCUUCUCUCCAUCCAACCUCUCAGAGUUGUUAUUUUUGACUUUCCCUUCUUCAGUUUCCUUUCCUCAUUCCCUUCAUCUCCUCCUCUAUCUUCUGUCCUUUCUGGAGUCUGUAAAUAAACUGUGUCCUCCUCCUGUCUUCUUAGGAGGGGAUUUGUACAGCUCAGACAGAUCAGCACAGACACUUGGUGACAGCUCUGCUAGGAGCCCUGAGUAUCUGUCCCCCUGAUCUGAUCUAUCUGCCUCUCACUGCUCAGACCAAGCACUGACUGGCCCUUCUCUGAUAAAGUACACACACUGACCAGCCACCAUUUUAGACUACCAUUCUGUUUUAGUCAGAAUCUCGUAUUCUCAUUUAUAGGUUUCACCUGCAGACAGCACAGGCUUUAUGAAAGAAAUGAAACAGCUUUGGUUUAUGUCGCUGCUGUAGUAGUUAAUAAUUACAGCAGUUUAUGUCGCUGCUGUAAUUAUUUAUCUCCAUUAGUACAUUUUUAUAUACAAUCUUAAACUUUCUGUGGUCAAUCUUGCACUGUCUAAUAGCUGUAUUUCUCUCUGCCCAACCAAGUGGCUGCCCCGACCUCCUUUGAAGGGCCCUUUGGGAAGAUUGUUUACCGUGUGAGAACCGUCAUAGACACACCUCGCUUCUCCAAAGACUACAAGGCCCAGAGGCCCUUCUACCUACUCAACCUGCUCAACCUCAACCAAGUGCCCGACAUUGAGGUAAAGACCAGUCAACACCGUCUCAAAAAUAUAAUUAAAUUGUGUUGUUAUGCAGUCGGAAUUACUAAUAUAGUACUUGGCUACAGACUGUCUACUGGAACAGUAGAUACUGUCUGAAGAGGACAGUGGACCACCCGUAGAGUGCCCACUUAUUUGAUCAUGUCUUAUUUAGUUUGAUAGUUAUGGGAUUUGAUUUCAGCGUAAUGAGCGCAGUACAAACACUAUCUCGUCUUUAAUUAAAGAUUACGGGAGGUCUCCUCCUUUCCCCCAGCUCUAAUUUCUCUCUUUCUUUGCUCUGUUCAUUUGUCCGUUGGAAUGGCUUGUUUUAUCCUUCCUAUGACUGCUUCUCCCCAGCAACCCAGUUAUGCUGUGACCACUAAGAAGUUCAGCUACCUCCUGGUGAAGACGGGCACCCUCAUGCUGAAGGCUUGCAGUGACCAGAGAGGAUACACACCAGGCCAGAUCAUCAGACUAGCCACUGAGAUCCACAACAAGUCAGGCAAGGACACAGGUUGUGUGCUGGCCAGCCUCAUACAGGUACCCGACGACCUCUUUAAUGUCUCAUGUGCUGUUGUUCCUUUGACUAUUUUGUUCUGCAAAACAGAUAGUCUUACUGGUUUAUGGGCAAAUGCUGAUAUACUGUAUGUUGUCUCUAAGAAGUGAUGUGAUGCUUUGCUCUGUAUUGUCUGGUCUGUAUGUUGGUCUGAUGGGCUUCAUUCUGAUGACUCUCUCCUGAUCAGAAAGUGACUUAUAAGACCAAACGGGCUGUGUUCGACCUGCGGACCAUAGCAGAGGUAGAGGGGGCGGGAGUGAAGGCGGGGAAACACGCUGAGUGGCGGGAGCAAAUCAUCGUACCGCCCCUCCCCCAGUCUGCCCUGGCCGGCUGCAGCCUUAUAGAGAUCGAUUACUUCAUCCAGGUUAGUAACACCCUCAAUGAAGUGCAGUUUUUGGGAUCCACUCAAUUAAUAGUGUUGUUCACAAGUGGUACUUCAGACUUGUAGCAGUUGUAGUUGUAAUAUAAACCAGACACUUUUCCUCAUACAGUAUCAUACUGCUGUAAUCCUCUUAUUAACCCAAUGCACCUGUGAUGUAGUAUGCUGUAAGUAAUUCAUGCUCAGUCUCAGAGGUCUCUUUACUGAGUUCAGGGAUUAUAACUAUGGUAAUCUCUUGUUCCUAAUACAGUAUGGCAAAGCUAUUUUUGUCAGUACUUAAAGGCCCAGUGCAGUCAAAAACGUGAUUUUCCUGUGUUUUAUAUCUAUUUCCACACUAUGAGGUUGGAAAAAUACUGUGAAAUUGUGAAAAUGAUGUAGGGCUGACCCCAUUUAGUCGACUGGUCGAUAGGCUGAUGGUCGAUCGAGAUUAAUUUUGUUGAGCAGUAGCAAAAAAACAUGGUGUACAAGACACCUGUCUGAUUGGUGGACUGAUCCAUUGUGGAGGCUGUGGGGAUGGCACAGUCCAUCAGUCUAAGACAUGUGCUACUGAAAUUGUACAGUAUCUCACAAAAGUGAGUACACCCCUCACAUUUUUGCAAAUAUUUGAGUAUAUCUUUUCAUGUGACAACACUGAAGAAAUGACACUUUGCUACAAUGUAAAGUAGUGAGUGUACAGCUUGUAUAACCGUGUACAUUUGCUGUCCCCUCAAAAUAACUAAACACACAGCCAUUCAUGUCUAAACCGCUGGCAACAAAAGUGAGUACACCCCUAAGUGAAAAUGUCGAAAUUGGGCCCAAAGUGUCAAUAUUUUGUGUGGCCACCAUCACUUUCCAUCACUGCCUUAACCCUCUUGGGCAUGGAGUUCACCAGAGCUUCACAGGUUGCCACUGGAGUCCUCUUCCACUCCUCCAUGACGACAUCACGGAGCUGGUGGAUGUUAGAGACCUUGCACUCCUCCACCUUCUGUUUCAGGAUGCCCCACAGAUGCUCAAUAGGGUUUAGGUCUGGAGACAUGCUUGGCCAGUCCAUCACCUUUACCCUCCGCUUCUUUAGCAAGGCAGUGGUCGUCUUGGAGGCUUCCUUCUGGGACGACAGCCAUGCAGACCAAUUUGAUGCAGUGUGCGGCGUAUGGUCUGAGCACUGACAGGCUGACCCCCCACCCCUUCAACCUCUGCAGCAAUGCUGGCAGCACUCAUACGUCUAUUUCCCAAAGACAACCUCUGGAUAUGACGCUGAGCACGUGCACUCAACUUCUUUGGUCAACCAUGGCGAGGCCUGUUCUGAGUGGAACCUGUCCUGUUAAACCGCUGUAUGGUCUUGGCCACCGUGCUGCAGCUCAGUUUCAGGGUCUUGGCAAUCUUCUUAUAGCCCAGGCCAUCUUUAUGUAGAGCAACAAUUCUUUUUUUCAGAUCCUCAGAGAGUUCUUUGCCAUGAGGUGCCGUGUUGAAUUUCCAGUAACCAGUAUGAGGGAGUGUGAGAGCGAUGAUUUAACACACCUGCUCCCCAUUCACACCUGAGACCUUGUAACACUAACGAGUCACAUGACACCGGGGAGGGAAAAUGGCUAAUUGGGCCCAAUUUGGACAUUUCCACUUAGGGGUGUACUUACUUUUGUUGCCAGCGGUUUAGACAUUAAUGGCUGUGUGUUGAGUUAUUGUGAGGGGACAGCAAAUUUACACUGUUAUACAAGCUGUACACUCACUACUUUACAUUGUAGCAAAGUGUCAUUUCUUCAGUGUUGUCACAUGAAAAGAUAUACUCAAAUAUUUACAAAAAUGUGAGGGGUAUACUCACUUUUGUGAGAUACUGUAUAUGGUUAUAUUAUGUAAGAACAAUGGUGCAACACAAAUAAAGAUUAUAUUAUUUUAUGACAAAUGCACUUUCUCUUGCGUUGAAUACUGUCCGCGGUUCUGAAACACAUCAAUGCUCUGUUGAAUUGCCGCCUUUUCCUAGACCAUGUUGCUAUGUGCAUAAUAGCAAAGUUAACCAGCAUAUUGGUGUUGAGAACAAUGCGGCGGAGGCAGCAGCAGAGUUAGGAGACGAGAAAACAACCCUUGCCUUAAUUGUCUAAGAAAAGUGAGAGAGGAAACUCCAAAUUAAUUAGGUCUAUAAUCAAUCGCCUAACUGUUAAAUGUGCUUGGCUUUAUAAACCAUCCAUAUAUAUCUACAGAAAUAAGACAGAUCCUGCUUCUGUUGCCUGUUUGAGUGUUUGGUUGAUAGCCUACUGAUUCAGUGAGCACCAAGCCUCACACAACAAUUUCACAAAUUCCGCUGUUUUUAAUUUCUGCUCUGCUGUAAUAAAGGCUUUACACUUUAUUUCGUUAGACCAGCCUGUCUGGUGUUGUUUAUAAUUAUUUAGUGUUGUUUACACUGUUCCAAAUUGUCAGAAAAACAUUAUUUAUAAUAAUAAUAACCCUCCUUUUUCCUUGAUCUCCUUAUUGUUAUUAUUAUUAUUAUGAUCAUCAUUAUAAUAAUAAGUAAUGUCAUUAUCAUUAGUAGGCUUAGUAUAGCAGCCUUGUAUAACGACUAAGAGUGCAUCCUGUUUAGUCUUAAUACCAUAAUUUACUUAGGCCUAUAUUUCAAUACUUAUAUAGUCUGCUGUAUCAAUCAAUCAUUUAUGUCAUCACACAGCAUAUGAGUCAUUCAUGAUGUGAAAUGCAAUCAAGCAUUUUAGUUUUAAAAUAAAAUAACAAAGCAACCAUUGAAUAAUUAGCGUAAACAAUAAAUAGGCUUAAACAAUUCCAUUUCAGAAAUUGCAUUCUUGAAUGAAUGUGACUGUUUUUAGUCUUUGCUGGAAUAAAGGCUUUACUUUUCUUUAUGACAACAGACACUCUGGUAUGCUUAUCAUUUAUUUAGUGUUCUUUACAUUGUUCCAAACAGUCUGAAAAAGUAUAUUGUAAACUAACAGCACCUGCAGUGCUUGCUCCAUAUCUUAUUUUUCUUGAUCUCCAGUAUUUUCCACAACUAGUCAAAUUUAUUCCACACAUCUUCCCCUUUACCUCCUGAGCAACCAGUAAACAUUCCCCUGCUUUGAGUUUAUUUAUCACAUCCUCUGCAUUUAUUUUGCGGUCACGUGUUACGAUGUUCAGAGUUUGUUAUAACCAAUUUAUUGAUGUGAUUAUGAUAUGCUAUAGGUCAGGCCCUAUUGGUCACGUGCAUAUGAAGCAUACAUGUGUCACAUAAAGAGAGCAAGGGUUGAGGGACUGUUUUUCCUAAACAAAUUAGGGAUUUCGGUAACAACUUUUCAGUCAGAAAUGGCUGUAAUUAUGUUGCAGCUCCAGCAACACGGACAGCGUGAUACACACUGUUGAAGUUCUAUGGUGGUCGCUGCAGCAGGGAGGAGAGAGAGACAACGGGUGUUAGUCACAGUCACUUGCUGUCUUUUUUUUAACACAGUGCAGCAAUUCUGAGACAGGUGGCACAAUCAAAUCAAUUGCGGUCGGACUCCCUCUAGUCAUUUGUGUGUCUUAAUGAUUUCAUCAAACAGUUUGCUUAAAGCAUCAGACAAGCUCAGUGCAUAUAGUUGAUUUGAUUAAAACACAUAGGAUGUGUCUAUAUAUGGAAAAAUACACAUUAAAAAAUGUUGUCCAAUCGAUUGGUCGAACGAACAGACGACUCUUGGUCGAGCAAGAUUUUGUUGUUGUUGGGGACAGCCCUAAAAUUAUGAAAAUGCCCUUUUACUGUAAGAGCUGUUUGAAAAGACCACCUGAAGUUUCAGCCAGUUUUGGUGGGAUGGAGUUUUGGCAUGCCUGGUGACAUCACCAGGCGGUAAAUUAGUUGAUAGACCAAUAAGAAAGAGAGUUCCAAACCUCUCUGCCAAUAACAGCUAGUUUUCAGUUUUCCCCUCCACACUCAGAACACUCCCAGACAGUCCUAGCAAAAUUCUUCCUUAAGAAAUUGCUCUUUGCUAAGAAGCUGUUUUUGUUUCUUUUUUACCAUUUUAAUUUAAAACAAUCACAAAGGUACUUAAUUCUUACCCAUAAAUGGUUUGAUAUUGAGAUAAGAAUAGCUGCAUUGGAGCUUUAAAGGAUCAUCUUGGGAUGACAGGAUAUAUAAACACAUUUACAUUGUGUCUUGUGACCGCUGCAGGUAUCACUAAAGUCCCCAGAGACAGUUGUCACUUUACCCAUCUACAUCGGGAACAUCGCUGUCAACUUGAUCCCGUCACGACCUAUGCCCUCAACUCCAGCCCCAACAACCAUCAGCCCCAACACCGGUCCAGGAGGGGUUACCCCGAGCGCACCCCCGGCUGAGGAGGACUUGGAGGAGGUGUUGGGUGCAGGGGGUUCAGUCAGCGAGGAGAUCCCCACAAAGAGUCACUCCCAGCAGGACCAAUCCGGCCAGCCCCCCACCAUGUCCCCCAGUGCAUUCAGCUACGCUCCCGGUGUAGCUUCCCCCAACAGCCAGCAACCUGCCGAUGACACCUCGGCGCAUCUGUUCUGUGUGUCUACUGGGGCCACCAUCCCCUUCUUCACAGAGGGAAACGCCACCCCAGUACCCACGUCCUGUCCUCUCAUACUCCCCCCUGAGUACAGCACCUGGGACUACCCACAUGGUGAGUCGUCGUCGUCCCCCCCCCCCCUCCCCUAAUACAGCACCCCUGUGCAUGACAAACUAUCCCAGUCAAAGAUGAGCUGACCUGUCUGGAGUUUAUUCUAUAAAUCCCCUCUGUGUCAGUAUGAUGAUCAAUGAUUACUGAACAAUGGCCUACUAUAUAAUCUGACUGUUUCUCUGGUUUGUCUGUGUAUUUUACAGAGCCCCCUCCCACAUAUGAGGAGAGCUGCAGCAGCAACAACUCCAGCUUCAACAACAGCAGGCCUUAG